AUGGCAGCGUUCAGAGACGGCCUUCACCACCCAGAAGUUCAAAGGUUGGCUUCCCUCGGCUCCUGGGGCCACUACCCUGGGAACAUCCACGGUCAAUUGACCAGGAUGUUGGGGAAGAGCAUGCUGCCCGACCCCCUCGACAUCACGAUCCCAUGCCUCGACCCCAAGACAACGGCCGUCACGGAAGCCACGGCCUCGAUCUUGUUGCCCCACGAGUGGUUCUCCGCAAUGUACCACCAUUACCCCGCGGAAUUCCACGACUUGAUCGAGCGCCUCUGGCGCCGCAUCCAGGCCCUCUACGUGGAAGAAGGCACCGAGCAUCGCAUGAAUUCCUUCAAGCUCGGCCUCUUUGUAUCUGACACGAACUCGCCUCAUAAGGACUUUCCUGUUUUGUCAAAAGCCACUAAGGCAGCCCAGGUCCGUGGUCUGGUGAACGUGUGCCUGCGGUUGGCGCAAGAAUAUUGCGACGGUUCGGACCGCGCAAAGAUUCGCGUGUUGAUGUGGAAGUCGUUGCAGAAGGCGUAUGAGGUGAUAGAUAGUGGUGGCAUGUUUCUCACUGGCCCAGAGUGUCAACGGCCGAUUAAAGCUGGUGACGACUUCCUCACGUGUUGCCAGUACUUGUCGGACCAGGCGUUCAAUGCUGUCCCCAGGCCGAAGUUCAAGUACCCGGCGGCUAAGCAGCAUGUCGACGGGCAGAUAUGGUUGGGCAGGGCCGGCUCGCUAAGCUACCAGCGCCCAGAGGGCUACUGGGACGCCCCGUGCUUCCACGCACGAUUCGGAUUGAUGAGGGCCUUGACUUCAUGGCUGCAGUCGUGCAAGGGCAUGGACGUCAUGCUCACGGUGUCCGUGGUCUUCGUCCUGAGCCCUUUCCCGAGGACGGCGGCGGCGCGGCCCGCGCAGGGCCCUCCGGGCCUCGCCAGAGGCUUCGCCGCGUACACGAAGUCGUCGUCGCCGGAGACGCCGCUGCUGCACUACACGGCCACGCAGCAGGUGUGCUGGCUGACCUUCAUGGAGAAAAGCCCCCGCUCGUGCAUCUCGGACUUCCAUGCCAGGAAGCUCACCCACGCCGGCACCGGACUGCUGCUGCUGCAGCUGGACUCGAGAGAUACCCUUGCUCGGUGCUUCGUGUACGCCAUCGGCAUCGGAGCGAUGCUCGUAACGUGGGAGCUCGUGCCGAAGAUCAAGCCAUUCCGCUUCCAGCGCAAGCGCGACGUAGGCAUGACAGUAUACAUGAUUGUUGCCAUGUUCUGGUUUUACUACGAGCUCCCGAUCCGAGUGCUGGCACCCAUGUUUUUUGCGGAUCCCAUGGGCGCUGUGGUGGGCAAGUACCUCAGCAGCAACAAGAUGUGGAACCCCGUCUGGUGGCGCCAGGCGGACACGCAGAAGACUUUGUUCGGCAGCGGGGCGGUCCUGUUUUUCACCGUGAUCAGCUUCGCACCUCCGGCCACCCUGGCGCAGCGUUUGGCCAUCGGCGCUGCCUGCGUGCUCGCCGAGGCGCUGGGCGGAGCCUACGACAACCUGCUCCUGGUCUUGAGCGUCGUCGGCUCCAGGAUGCUCCUGAACUACAUGGAGGCGGGGACGUGGUCCCUGGACCUGGGCAGGUGCACCGCCGUUCAGACGGUUGCGCGUCUAGUUAAACUAGAGGCGCAACCUCACGGAGCCGCUGCGAGGGUUCUGGCUGUGCUGCGGCGGGCCCGAUCCCGCCUGUGCCAGCCGCCGUCCGACGGCGUGGCCAGCAACCUGGGCGGCGAAGACCAGCCGCACCUCCUGGUGGAGAUCCGGGGAAAAGGCUACAUCGAGGUCUGCGGCGAGGACGUCGGUGGCGUGCACGGGCUGCUGGACACGUGGCUCAAGAAGGAGUGGAGGUGCACCGAGGUCUCCGUCGGCCAUGACCCGUUCUGCGACCGCAAGUACAAGUGGCGAUCCACCGACAUGCUGGUUGCCACCGCCGAGAUCGUGGCGUUUUUCCACAGCCUCGGGUGGUGCAUGCAGGUCUGCUCGCAGGGCACCGUGAAGGCGGCCGGGUCCACAGACGUCCGCGAGCAGCAGAUCCUGUUCCGGCGCGGCAUGUCUGGGCUCGGCGUGGUGGAGCCGCACCUCUUCAUUGAGUUGUACUGCGGCGAGGCCGACGAUGCCCUGUGCGCCAGUGGCAGCACUCAGUGCCUAGCCAACCAGUACGUCCGGGUGAAGCCCAUCGGCAACUGCGAGGAGAGGCGAUGCGUGCGUGGGACAAGUUCAUGGUAG